AUGAAUUAGCAGAUGGCAAUAUGGCGUCCUCGUAUUAUCAUGAAAUGCACGAGAAUUUCAAAAACAACAGCAAAAGUCGCGAAUUUCCGGCCCACAGUGCGAAAGUUCACUCGGUGGCUUGGAGCUGUGAUGGAAAAAGAUUGGCUUCGGGUUCAUUCGACAAAACUGCAAGUGUUUUUGUCCUCGAAAAAGACCGACUGGUGAAGGAGAAUAAUUACAGAGGACAUGGAGACAGUGUUGAUCAGCUGUGUUGGCAUCCAACCAACCCAGAUCUGUUUGUUACUGCAUCAGGAGACAAAACCAUCCGCAUCUGGGACGUCCGUACUACUAAAUGCAUGGCCACGGUCAGCACGAAAGGAGAGAACAUCAACAUAUGUUGGAGUCCUGAUGGUCAGACCAUCGCUGUUGGGAAUAAGGACGAUGUGGUGACUUUCAUUGAUGCCAAGACUCACCGUCCACGUGCUGAAGAGCAGUUCAAGUUUGAGGUCAACGAGAUUUCCUGGAACAAUGACAACGAUAUGUUCUUUUUGACAAACGGCAAUGGCUGCAUCAACAUUUUGAGCUAUCCUGACCUGAAGCUUGUCCAGUCAAUUAACGCCCAUCCAUCCAACUGUAUCUGCAUCAAAUUUGAUCCCACUGGAAAAUAUUUUGCUACUGGAAGUGCAGAUGCCCUGGUCAGUCUGUGGGAUGUCGAGGAGUUGGUGUGCGUUCGCUGUUUCUCUAGGUUAGACUGGCCAGUGAGAACCCUGAGUUUCAGUCAUGAUGGCAAAAUGUUGGCGUCAGCUUCUGAAGAUCACUUUAUUGACAUUGCUGAAGUAGAGACAGGAGAGAAGCUUUGGGAAGUGCAGUGCGAGUCUCCAACCUUCACUGUAGCCUGGCACCCAAAAAGGCCCCUGCUGGCAUAUGCCUGUGAUGAUAAGGAGGGCAAAUACGACAGCAAUCGGGAAGCAGGGACUGUUAAACUCUUUGGCCUUCCUAAUGACUCUUAAAGAGCAAAGUUGAACUUGGACGUGACUUUGUAACUUUAAACCAUCUAUUAUUACUCUGAAUUUCUUUACAUUGCUCUUUUAAGAGGAGGAGAUAAUCCUGACUUGUUAACUGUUCAUUGGAACUGUUUUUUGAUAUCUUCCUGUUUUGGUAAUUGCAAAUGCUUUCCUUUGUAGUGCUUGUGUUUGUGUCCGACAAGUACUUUGAAUAUCUGUAAAUAUGAAAUGUUGUUUAUACUUGAACUGAUGCCAUUAGUAAUGAAAUUUAUUUUACAGGCCUGAGUGUUUUGUCAUAUUUUCACAAGUAACUGAAAUGUCUGUUGCAAAUUACAGGACCACUUUGGAAAAUAGACACUAGAGGGCAGCAUGGCCAUUUCCACAGUAGUGCACACUUGCUGUGUGUUUUCCUGCUGCAGGUAUUCCACUGUUUUUGUAGUGUGUUUUUAUUAAAAAAGAUGAUUAUAAAAAAA